UGUUUUCGUCAGAACGUACCCUUCAGCUAAACGCCGAAGUAAAUCAUGGAUGGACGUUUGUCUUUGUGGCCAUUUGUCGGAAGGUGUUGGGUCAUUUAUUGAAGGACACUGUGCGUUUAAUUGUUUCAAUAGAGAAAGGUAUUGUUAAGCUACGUCACCUAUUGACAAGCGUCUGUGAUAUGAAUUAUAAACGAAGAGAUACACACCCUGAACUGAGCAAAACUGUGUAACUGUGAUUUAUAAGGAAGAGAAAAACUAAAACGGAAAACGUUCCUUUUUUGUGUUCCGGUGGGAAAUAGUACUGUGUUUAUUGGAAAAAGCUAAGGAACCAGUAAAGGAAGCCGACAGAGGGAAUUUAACAAAGGGCCGCCCGACUUAAGGCACAUUUAAAUAGGACCAUUAGAACACGACGCUCAGAAAUCAUUUCAGUCGCUAUCAUUUUCGUUCAGGACGAUGUCUGAGAAAACAGUUGACGCAUCUCGUCCAUUCUUCCACAGAAAAGAGGGAGAGGUAGGUGUCUACGUGAAGAUAUACGACGCUAAAGCUGAGAAUGCCCACGCUAUCGGAUCGGAACAAUAUUACCGCAUGGAUUUAAUGGAUAAACUGUUUGACAUAUACCAGACUGCUGACGUCAUCAAGAUGAAGGCGGCCCUAGACCGGAAAAAGAUGUUUCAGGGAGCGUACCUCGAACGAUUUGAAAAGGGAAUCAUACUUGCCGUGGGCUUUGAUGAUAUAGAUGCUUUGGAGAAUGUUUGGAAACUUCACAAGGAUGAAAAACUACAGAGGGCGCUGCAGGAUGUGUUGAUGACGCCAUCUAUACUCAAAUCUUUAGGAGCAACCAACAUCACACUGUGGAUUAAAAUGAUGGAAGACGAGUACACAAAUUGUAAAAACGAACUUCUCUGUAGGAAGAUGGGAAAAGUCAAUGUAACUUCUCUCCCAUCUGACGUCGAAGUCUUGAAACGUCUGAAGAAGUACCAGGAAAAGCUAAGUAAGCACGCACAGGACAUAAGUGAUACUGAGAGCAGCGUCGAACACAGACUCGGGGAGUUUCUCCUUACCAUGAAACAAAUACUCCCGACGGAUGUGACGUCAAUUAAGACAUUAAAGGAGUUUGAAACUUACCACAAAGUUGCUAAAGGGGCUAACAAGAAAACUGCUUCGUUGGAUGCUUUUGCAAAUACCCUCAAGCAACUGAGGGCAACAUUUACCGAGAUCGAGGCUAGUGUUUGUAACCCGCUACUACAGAUACACAAAUCAUGCGAAAACGAAAAGCAACGGGAACUGAAAAAAAAGAUAAGUAUAACUUGCAUUGAAGCGCAGGCGCUGCUCAAACCGGAAGUGGAUCUUACACAAGUGACGCACAAAGAUUGGCAGAAGAAAGUGCUACAACGCGAGCAAGAACUAUAUCGCGGACUAAUAUGUGUCAUUCCGCUGGCAUGCAGCGCCGUGAUGGAAUGUAGCUUUAACUUUGACGAGUAUCUACUAGAUUUCCCUAGCCAGGUUUAUAAAUAAUCACUCCAUUUAUAGCGUACGCUGUCAUGGAUAUAUGUGUUGUAGAUAAUUUGUAUGCUGAUAUGCUAUUCAACAAAUAGGACUGUGAUAAAGUAUGUAGAAUAAUUGCAUGCAAUAGAAACAACACAUUUUAAAUCCAAGUGUUUCAUUCUUGAUAUCUCGUAUUUUCUAUGCAUCCUUUGAACAUUAUCAUGAUGAAAUAGAAGACUCACAUUUUCCUAUCUAAUUGGUUACAAGCAACAAAACAUGACCAAUGGAAAUGUCGAAAACCAAAUGUGCUUUGAAAGUUAUCAAAUAACUAAUUUGAGAGAAAACAAAA